UUGCCCCCAACAAUCUGGGUCCUCAUUUUACUGACCCCAGAAGGAUGGAAGGCUGAGUCAACCUUGAGCCGAUGAGACUCAAACUGCCGAACUGCUGGCAUCAUCAUUGGGGGUUUUCAAACAAAGUUUAGAGAGUCAUUUGCCUGGGAUAGUAUGAGGAUACCUGUGCAGGGCAUAGACAAUGGUUGUAUCUAGUUGCUCAAGUUUUCAAAAGAAAUGCAGUGUUAUUUAUCAUGAAUAAAAGAUGGAAGUUUUCAGGCUGAUAUAAAUGACUCAGAUAAGCCUCAACUACAGAUAAUUUUGAAGGGCUGGCCCAAAUUCUUUGGGAUCUUGAAUAACUUACUCAUCUGUUAAUAUAAAGGUAGUCGUUGACUUAUGACCAUUCAUUUAAUGAUGGUCAAAAAUUAUGACAGCCUUGGAAAAAGGACUUAUAACCCAUCUUCAAAAGUACAACCAUCAAACAUGCACCCUGAAGUCAUGUGAUUGCAAUUCAGGCUCUUGGCAAUCAGCUCACAUUUAUGACAGUUGUAGCAUCUUACAAUUAUGUAAUUGUGAUUUGCGAUCUUCUCAGCCAGCUUCCAACAAACAAAGUCAAUUGGAUAAGCUGGAUUCACUCAGCAAUCAUGUCAUUUGCUUAAUGAGUGUGGUUAAAAAAAUUGUCAUAAAAUAGGUCAAUGACACGAUGAUGCACUUAAUGACUGCAUCAUUCUGUUUCCAAUUGUGGUCAUAAAUCAAGGACUACCUGUAAGAGCAUAUAAAAUGUUCGGCUAUGAAAAAUCGAAAACAGCAUUUCGCUGUUGUUCAAAUCUGUAUAAAGGUAAAAUCAGUUUUGUAAACUUGCUGAUCCAUUAAUGGAUUUGUUUUCUUUCUCUGUCUUUCAUAAGGUCAACCCAAAUAAAAACGUACUCUUGGGACAAUGCCCAGGUUAUUUUGGUCGGCAAUAAAUGUGACAUGGAAGAGGAACGUAUAAUCUCUGCUGACAGAGGCAAACAUUUAGCAGAGCAACUUGGUUUUGAGUUCUUUGAGACAAGUGCCAAGGACAACAUCAAUAUCAAGCAGACUUUUGAACGGCUUGUGGAUAUCAUCUGUGACAAAAUGUCUGAAAGUCUGGAGACAGAUCCUAAUAUUGCUGCUGGUAAACAGAACACAAGACUAAAGGACACCCCUCCACCACAACAACCCAACUGUGGCUGUUAAUAACAUCAUUGUCAACCAAGGCAACUCCAGUGUGUUCUUUGGCCAAUAGAGUAUUUACAUAGGUCUAUAUGCCUUUAUUUAUAAUGUCUUACUGGUUCAUUUCAGAGGAGUAUACCUCUUCUUUAAUGUCCAUUCCUGGUAAAAGAUGUAUUCAGAGUUACAAAUGUGUAAAGAAAGGACACUCUAAUUCCUCUGCAUUUGGC